AUGCCAGCUUGGCGGACGAUCUUGCUUGUCCGCACAUGGACCCGGCAUCUCCUUGAGCUGCCUGACCCUGCAGACGAUACAGAGAGCGUGGAAGAUUUAAAAGAGCCGGUUUAUUCGGAAUCUCACUCGCGGGCAUUGCGAUUGAUUGUUCGCCUUGGACAGCCGUUUGGGGCAUUUUUGCUUGCGCGGCAGCGCGACGGGGGAUACAAGAGAAUCGCGUCAGAUCGUAACAUCAUCGCACAAGUUAGAGACAUGGCGUCUGUUGGCGACAUGAUGGACAUCAGGACACUAGAGAUCAUGUAA